AUGAAUGUGCUCAAGCUUGAUAACAACCAGCUCUCGGGUAAUAUUCCGGCAGAAGUUAACCAGCUAACUAGGCUUAGAACUUUUAGUGCGGCAAACAAUCCUGGACUCUGUGGAUACCCUUUGAAGCCUUGUGCAUCAAUAUCUCAAAAGAAGUCCAUUAGUGUGGCUAGGGUUUUCAAGUCCAAUGGUGUAAUUAUGUUGGCAGCAGCUGGUUUUGGUAUUGGUUUCGUUCUCUCUUUUUCAUUUUUGUAA